CUGUGGUGAUUUCUGUCUGCUUUCAGUUUGUUGUGGAAAUGUGAGUCUGGUUGGAGCUCCCUUUGCAUGGUAGCGCAGAUAGGAAAUGGUAUGGCUGAUCUUUUAGCGGCACAUUUCAACAGUGGUCUAGUGGCGGCAAAGCUUGGCGGUGGUGAGCGACCGGUGUGUGGCAACCCUGGCACAGGAACGCUGUGGCGAGAUCUGGGCUUUGUUGCCCAGAGAUAUGUAGUGAAGGAUGAAUUUCAUCCCUUCAUUGAGGCCCUUCUCCCCCAUGUCCGUGCCUUCUCCUACACCUGGUUCAACCUGCAGGCCCGUAAACGCAAGUACUUCAAGAAGCACGAAAAGAGGAUGACCAAGGAUGAGGAGCGCGCGGUGAAGGAUGAGCUGCUUGGGGAGAAGCCAGAGAUCAAGCAGAAGUGGGCCUCGCGCCUGCUGGCCAAGCUCCGCAAGGACAUCCGGCCUGAGUUCCGCGAGGACUUUGUGCUCACCAUCACGGGGAAGAAGCCCCCCUGCUGCGUGCUAUCCAACCCCGACCAGAAGGGCAAGAUCCGCCGCAUCGACUGCCUCCGCCAGGCCGACAAGGUGUGGAGGCUGGACCUGGUGAUGGUCAUCCUGUUUAAGGGCAGCCCCCUGGAGAGCACGGACGGCGAGCGUCUGGUCAAGUCACCCCAGUGCUCCAACCACGGCCUGUGUGUCCAGCCACACCACAUUGGGGUGACGGUCAAGGAGCUGGAUCUCUACCUGGCCUACUUCGUCCACACACCAGAACAAUCAGGACAAUCAGACAACUCAAACCAGCAAGGAGACACAGAUGUAAAGCCCCCACCAAAUGGCAACUUGAGUUUCCAGGACUGCUUUGUUACUUCAGGGGUGUGGAACGUAGCCGAGCUGGUCCGUGUGUCGCAGACCCCUGUGGCUACAGCGACAGGCCCCAACUUCUCUCUGGCUGACCUGGACAGCCCUGGCUAUUACAACAUCAACCAGGUGACCCUGGGACGGCGCUCGAUCACCUCCACCCCCUCCACCAGGACUGAAAUGGAGCUUUAUGCAAGUCUCCCACGGAGCUCCAACAAGCGCAAGUCCAUUGACGACAGUGAGAUGGAGAGCCCAGUGGAUGAUGUCUUUUACUCGGGCCGUUCCCCAGCGGCUGGCAGCAGCUCUCAGUCCAGCGGUUGGCCUAAUGAUGUGGAUGCAGUGCAGCACCAUUUGGCCAGUGUGCAGGAGAGGAAGAUUAAGCAUGAGAGCGAUGGAGUGCAGUUUCCUUACCAUGGACUCUCGUCGCCUGGUUCACUUAAGAAGCCGGGGAAAUUCGAUUUCAGCGCCCUGUCCUCCCAGACGAGGUCCCCCCGCAUGGCGUUCACCCACCACCCACUGCCAAUGCUGGCGGGAGUGAGACCAGGGAGCCCCCGCGCUUCAGCCUCGGCCCUGCACUUCCCGUCUCCCUCCAUCAUCCAGCAGUCUAGCCCCUACUUCACCCACCCAACCAUCCGCUAUCACCACCACCCUGGACAGGAUCCCCUGAAGGAAUUUGUGCAGUUUGUCUGUGCCGAUGGCUCAGGGCAGGCCGCUGGGCAGCCAAACGGGAGCGGCCAGAGCAAAAUGCCAGGCUCCUUCUUGCUGCCUCCACCUCCCCCAGUGGCCCGCCCAGUGCCCCUUCCCAUGCCCGACUCUAAACCCAACAGCACGCCCCCUGACGGCGGACUCUCCUCGCCCGCAUCUCCGUCAUACUCCACGCCAGGCACCACAGCUCCCAACAGGUUUGUCGGCAUCGGAUCACGGGACAACAACUUUCUGAACAUCCCGCAGCAGACACAGUCUUGGUUCCUCUGACAAGAUCUGUGUGCAAACCAGCAACUAGAAUUCUUUCUUUACAAUCAGAAAUAGAAAAACAACAACAAAAAAACACAAAAAGAACCAGAGAAACAACCCGCAGGAUAAUAAUUGUCCUCCAACCAACCCACCGACUGGCCCUGACAGUAUGUCUCACCUGAUACAAAAUGUAACCAGGCAACGCAGGAAAUUAUAACAGCAUGACGCUUUUAGUGGAACUCUGGACUUAUUUACACACAGUCAGAGGCAGGACCCGUUUCAAGCAAAGAUGGAUACGUUGAAAGACGAGUAGAUGGACAAGAGGAUGCCGGGAUGACAGGGAGAAGGGGGGGUAAGGGGACAGCAGCAGCAAGGAGGCAUCUCUCCUCAAACCACCGAACCAGCACAGCAGCGCAGGAGGAACCUGAGGAUGAAAAGCCGUCGGCUUCUCCUACUUUAUAAAGACGCAUUGUGUAACAAAUGGCUUAGAAAAAUCAGUUGUCUAACAAAUACAAAUUCAAGUCACAGUCUAAUCAAAGCAAUUCGGUUUCCAGGGAAAGCUGCAGUCCACGCUCCUGUGAUGUCUGUCAUCACUCAAAACAAAAUCCAAAUGACCAAUGUUUCUAUCCUUCUGAAUGACCUAAAAUAGCCCCUUUCACCCUACUACUAACUAGUGACCAUGCCAAAACUUGAUUAAGGGUUGCACUACAAGCUGAAUCAAUUAACACUAAUCUUAAAGAUGUGCACUAUUUACCUACAAGGCAUGGGAGGUAAACCAGACUUGCCUAUUUUACAAAUUUUAAAGAGGAAACAAACCCGAGGUACAAGAAGCCUUCACACGUCCUCAACCCCGAUCUUUCAGUUCGACAGAUCAUUGGCCUCCGCUCACUCUCAUGUCUCCCCGCAUGACACACAUUCAGAACAAUCACUCAGUCUGUGCCAUGACCACAGCAUGUAUGAAAACACACACAAACACACACAUACACACACACGUGCCCAGUCUCACAUUUAGGUUGUAGUAUUUAUAGGUGGUGGUGUUGUGUUAUUUCAUUCUUAUUUUUUUUAAGCCCAGUGAAGUCUUUCUACCUUAAUUAGAUAUCCAAACAUUGUGCACACACAGACACACACACACACUGAAAAUCACAGUGUGACUAUAUAAUUACUGACAGCUUCACAGCUACAGGCAGCAGCUAUUGGUUCCCAAUUUGCCCUUAUGUAAUGUAGAUGAAUGAUUUUAUUAUCUCUCGUGUGUUCUCUUAUUUGAAUUUAUUCCUUUUUUGGAUUUGUACUAUUUUAUAAUUGUUUUGUAUUUGAAUGACAGCACCUUAAAGAGAAACACAGUCAGAAGCGGUAUGUUGAAGCAGUGGAGACAGGGUGGUUAGCUAACCCAGAUCAAGUAGUGCUUGCAAAAACAUUUGGGAAAUAUGCUUAUUUGCUUUUUUUUCCAGGGAGUUGAGAUGAGGGGAUUGGCACCACUACAUCAUACAGCUGGUUGGCUUAGCUGAGGUUAGCUGGCUUGGUUCUGUCCAAAGGUAAUAAAACCACCAAACCUGCACCCCCAGUGACUGUUUUGAUUAUAUGAUGAUUUUAUAUGGAUGUAUCCAUAUAGAACAUGAGCAGUUUUAAGAGGGUUUAAGACCCGAAACCCGUUUGCUCAUUUUUUUUAGGAAUGUUCAAAUCAACUCUGCGACAGUUUAGACGGCAGCUCAGGUGUUUUGUAGCUUUGGAAUGUAGUGUCAUGUGGAAACACCGUUACUGUGAGAAUCCUAGAAAGAACAAAGCAUUUGAAAGUAAUCCACUGGGUAACUAGUGUUGAUUGCAUAUGUUAAGUCGAGCUUUUUGGCAGUUGGACAUCAUAAGCUAACUGUGGCUUUGACUUAAAACCCAGGAACACAGGGUAGCCGCAUGCAAAAGCAUGACUGCUUCACUAGAAAUUCAGCCAGAGUUUAUAUCAAUGAAGACUUCAGUUUAGCGAUUGAGACCAUGAAUUCAUUACAAAAGUACUUCUUGAGGUCAGAAAUGAAGUGAUACGGAGGAUCGUUUCCUCAUAGACUUGGAUACAAUCAGAUUUCAUUUUGCAAACAGAGGAGUCGCCCCCUGCUGGCCAUUAGAAAAAGCCCAGGUUUUCAGCACUUCCGCUCUGGCCUCACUUUCCACCAGAGGUGGAGCAUAUAUUUCCUUAGUUGCCACUUCACUUUGCUUUUAUCCUGAUUCUAUUACAUUGGAACUACCCUGACUAAUUCAAUUUUAUUUAAUUUUAUUUAUAUAACGCCAAAUCGCAAUGCUAAUUGCCUCAAGGUGCUGAAUAUUUUAAGGUAAAGACCCUGCAAUAAUACAGAGAAAACCCCAGUAAUCACAUGACCCCUGUGAGCAAGUGCUUGGUGACAUUUGGAAGGAAAAACUCCCCUUUAACAGGAAGAAACCUCCAGCAGAACCAGGAAACUGCUGCGACUGUUUGGGGUGAAGGGAGUAAGAUUCACAGGAAUGCGGGGACCCUCGUUACCUUUGAACAGAGCCAGGCUAGCUGCUUCAUGUGAAGGUGACCUAAUUGGUAGCUAGCUGCGGCGCCAUAUCAACACGAGUGGCAUGAAUCUUCUCAAACGUCCAUCAAACAAGCAUAUUUUCCAAAGAGUUGUUUUCCAUUGACGCGGUUCGCUCGCUCUCAGUGCCAGAUGAACGUCUCCUGUAGGACAACACAAUCCAGGGUUUUGACAAUCACAGGAAGCUAAUUUUUCUGGGAGAUCGCCUGCUCGGCCGUAACGGUCAGGGGAAGAAGACAAAAUAGUCGCGCCUACUAUUUGGAUCCAGGUACAGCUAGUGGCUGCUGGUGGGGAUGUACGAGUGAUAGAAAACAGAUCUGAGGAGGGAAGGUUGCUGAAGAUGGGACCCAGAGUUAAGGAGAGAGUAGCUCUUCUUUCUGUCUCCCUAAAGUUUACCCUGUUGUUUACACUCCCAGACGAGCCGCUGCUCCAAGAGCAGAGGGGGCCACACUGCGGAGCAAAAUGAAUAUGUGACAUAUCUGGCUGUUUUUGGAGAGAGGGGACGAGAGCCGAGGCUUAGCAGUAGGACGGAUCACGGGUGUGCCCGUUUAAACGCCGGUGCACAGGAUCAGGUAAAGGCUGCUUGUUAGUGUUGGAUAUAGCAUUCCCACAACACACACUUACACACACACACACGCACCAGCACUCCCCCUGAGCUAUGGUGAAUGGAAGAGCCCUUAUAGAUCAAAAAAACUGCACUAAUACAAUCAUGCCAGCCAACCUUAUCAGACUUUUUUUUGUAAUGGUUACAAUAGAUCGACCACCACUUAGUAUUGCAAAUCAGUGGAUGUAUUACUGGGAUGGAAUCACACUUGCAGAGCACAGAUCGCCACUUCUUUAAAAAAAAAACAAUCUCCACACAGACUUACGAAGACCACUCACUACUAACACGUCCCCCGUGCCCGACUGAAUUCAAAGGGAAGUCUUAAAGAUAGACAAUCUGAGGAGGCCUUUAUGCUUUCAAUCAUUAUCUAGAACUAUAUAAAGAAUCAACCCACAAAUUUAGCCCUACUAAAAAGCUAAUCACCCAUCCAACCUCACAAAAUAACUGGACUGCCUGGCCACGUUCUUCACUGCAGGGAAAAGCGCGACAUAGCUGGCCAAUCGAUGGCGAUCAUCUCAUCAGCUUCGUAGAGAGAUCUAGCUCCGCUGAGUAAGACAUUAACGACGGCUAAAGGUGAUUUCUUUUCUAAUCUAUGGAAGUGCCUCUGUAUUCCCAUUAUGCAAUUUGUCAAACAUGAAUUCAGGUUCUUUUUCUCACAUAUAAGCUAUAGUGAAUGGUGGAAAAAAAACAUUUAUGUCAGUAGGGGGAGAAAAAAACACGGUGACAGCUCACUAGAUAAUCACAAGCAUCUUUAUAUAUAAUACACAUAUAUAUUUAUAGAUAUAUACUUUUUUUAUUUGCAAGAUAAGCUCUGUGGCAGUCUAGUUAUUUUUUGAAGCAUGGCGUACAUCGCACAGUCAUAGGAUGCAUCUCAGAAAAAAAACACACACACAGAAAAAGCUGAUUUGAGCUAAAGUACCAGUUUGUAAACCCGCUCACACCCGCGUUACAGGACAUAAAGCUAAAGGACGGCAAACGCAACAGUAGAUACAUAGACAACAAGUGAUGAUGACGUAGUUGAGGUUAAAAAAAAGAUAAAGCAGAUUAGGUUUUGUUGUUUUCUUUCGUGUCUUGAUGGGAAGUAUUGUUCUUGAAACUAAAUGAUGUAUGUUGAUUGAGCCAUGUGCAAUGCCUUGGUAGAGGAAUUGUGUUUGUUUGUUAGCGAUUGUUUGAGGGUGUCACACAAAAAGAGGGAAACCCUCUUCUUUUUUCUUUGUUUUAUCUUUUUUUGGGGGGGAGGGGAUUUUGUUUGUUUUAAAGUCCACCUGCUCCGGGACUCUAAAUAUGAGAGCAGCGAGAAAAAAAAAAUCCCAGUCUUUGUAAGUAAGUUUGGGGAAAUUAUUUUACAUUUUUUUGUUCAUUUUUAAAAACAAAAAACUUCAUUUCUAUUCAUUUGUUUUCAAAAACCGUGGGAGGGCUGAAGGAACAAUUUUGCAACUCGUAAAAUAUAUAUCACUAUGAAAACUGGUGCUUUCGUAAAAGAAUAAAGUACAUUCAGUCUCUAUUAUACAUAAAUAAUAAUAAACAAGAACUAAGUGUUAUCAUAAAAAAGCAAAUUUUAGGAAAAUGUGCGUUAUUCUAUUUCUCUUUUUGUAUUUACCGAGGGAGGGGGGCGGGGGGGUGAGAGGUUCAUUGUAGGACAAAAGGCAUUUUUCCUCCCCGAACUUUAUCGCCACUGCAGGACAAAAAAACAGGGAAAAAAUGAUAAUCACAUCAGAUCUUGUGUUUUUGUUUUUUUUUCUUCCUUUUUUUCUCCAUCAUGUUGUGUCCAACACAUCUAGCGUGGGACAAAGACAAGAUCUUCCCCAUUUUUGGGAGAUGCACAAGUACGGAUUCCCCAGUCUAAACCACCAAUGAUGACGUCCAUAGAAAUUAAAGAAAAUGUUUAUUUUAUUUUGGUUUUUUUAAUGUAAAUGUCUACUUGUUUAAAAAAAGAAAGAAAGAAAGAGGGAAUUAGCGGCCUCUGUCUGGCUGGGGGGGGGUGCUGUCAUCAAUUUACCAACAAUGUGAACCCUACCCCCCUAUCCCAACCCUCCACACACACAUGCACACACACACACACACGCACACACCACCAUCCUCCCCCAAUCCCCUUCCCCGCUGUAAAUGAUUAUAAAUAUUUGUUUGGUGAUGUAGUGUUAUAGACUCAGAGCAUCUUUAAAGGUUGUCCCUAAAAAGUGCCUUUUGUUCACAGAUUCCAUCUUGUAAUCCUGAGUGCCCAUCUCAAAAAAAAAUCCCCUCCUUCAUGCUUCUUCUGUAUCUUUCUCUUCCUAUUCUUCAGAGCUUUUUCAAGCAGUAUACAUAGUACUAAAGGAAAUUGGUGUGAUUUAGUUCCUCUUUUUAUUGUUGAAUUAUUAAGAAAAGACGUAAAAAAAAAAGACAAAACCUAAAAAAAAAAAAAAAAGAAUAUUUUCUGUCUUGCUUCUCUUCCUCUGUAUCUUGUCGUCUGUCUAUCUUGGACACUGGAGUAGUCUGUAGCCGCGUACCCUUCUCCCACUUCCUUCCCCCCUCCUUCCUUUUCUCCCUUUUCUCUGAACGGCGGGGUUAAAAAAAAAAGAAGAAGAAUACGCAAAGGUUUUUUUUUUUUCUUUUGUUGUCUGAGCAGAAUGCAGUUAGCUCACAUGUUAUUCUUGUCUGUACGCUUCACAUUGUAUUACCAUACCCAUCUUCUUCAGCUUCUCCAUUCAAACAGCUAAUGUAAGUGAACAAGUUACACCACAGGGCUCUGGGCUGUGCUGAGGACAAGGGCACAGGAUUUAAAAAAAAGAAAGAAAGGUGGAGGGAUAAAAGCACGAGGAAUGUGAUACUGGGCUUUAGGCGAGGGUGGUGACCAGCAGGACUGCUAGUGUAGGCAGGUUUGUUCGUUUGCAGGUUUCCUUGUUUCUGUUUUUUAAUUGAAUUUGAAAUUUUUUUAUUAUUUCGUCUUGAUGGACGAUGCAUUAUGACCUGGUUAUGCAUCUUGAAAACGAGUGAAUGAGAACAGCUCUUGUAAAGAGAAGAAAAAAACAUGAAAAAUGACUCAAAGCACCUUAAAAACAGAGCGGUGCCACAGCACAGAGACUGAGAUUCAGCACAAUCCUUACAAAAUGUGACUUAUCGAUCCAUCACUAUCCACCAAAGUCAUGUGGUUCCAAAUCCUGUAAACAUUAGAUGUAAGCACCGUGAGGUUCCACCAGCAAAAUCGAGAGAAAGGAAGAAAAAAAAAAGUAUAUGCAACGUUUAAAUGUCUUUUUUUUGCGUUAAGCGAAUGAAGCCAGCAGCAGUAUUAUCAGCGAAGCCUUGACGAGUGAAAGCGCCAUAGCUGAGAAGCCAUAUCAGAGACAAACAGGUCACACAGCAGAGCGAGUGUGUGUGAAUGUGUAUGUGUGUGUGUGUGUGCUUUAGUCGAGAGGCGGGCGUCUGCAGUAUCCGACCCCUGCACCGUUCAAGAGCCCAGUCGGACCCUGUGGCCCAACCGUCAGCAUGUUUCACUUUUAAGUUUUCCUCGCUCAGUUUCUAUCACUGUUUUAAGGAUGCUGUUUAGCGAUAUAGUGACUGAGCUCCCAAGCUAGACUAACCCCGCCACACCCUGAACCCCGCCCACCACAAGUGCCCCUCCCCCUCCUUCCCCUCUGUCAGAGCCGCGUCCCAUCCUCAGACACACCUCCCAGAGCCCAUGGUGAAAUGCAUGUGUUAAUUACAGUUUCUUUUCCAUAAUAAUAAUAAAAAAACAGUUUGAAAAGAGCAACACCUUUACUUGAUUGAAUAAAAGGAUGUUCUUGACUGUA